AUAUAUACCCGCCAAUACAACAUCCUACCACAAAAAUGGAGAAAUUUAUUCUGGAACUGAUUUUCACAUUACUUUGUCUUCCUCUGAUAUAUGCUGCCUGUUAUUACAGAAGCGCUUACGGCAACUACUACUGCUACUAUUACAACUACUACAGCUACAGCUACAGCAGUGUGGGUACAUACGCUGGUGCGGCCGUUGGGGGAAUAGUGUUCCUUAUCGUAGUGGCUGUAGUCGUCGUGUGUGUCUGUGCCGCUAAAAAUAGCCAGAGGAACCGUGUGGUCACGAUGCAAGGAGGCGGGGCCACAGUGACUAAUGUCAAUAAUGUCAACACAAUUCAACAUCCUCGUAAGAAUGCUAUGGUGCUAUGGUGCUAUGGAGCACCCCCUCCGCCAGGAUAUGGGCCAGGAUUCGGGCAAGGAUACAGCCAACCCUCUCAGUCCAUGUUUAACGAUCCCGCCUAUCCCCCUAAUCAGUACCCUCCCCCAAAAUAUUAGAAUACAUUCAGUUUGCGCAUUCAACAUUUAAAUUUAUGUUAUAUGAAAAAUGACAAUAACAAUCCAUCAUAUCCAGCAAGAAGAAGAAAAUAUGUGAUGGACAUUUAUGAUAGCAUUAAAGUGGUAUGUGACAUCUGUCGAUAUUAAUGUGUAUUAAAGUACAUUAUGAUUAAAAUACUCUCACUGGUUUAGAAUUUUGAAAUUUUAACAAUAUUUAACCAAAAAAUUCGUAGUAAUAUUAUUGGAAAAGGUGAAAAUUUUAACAUCCCAAACACGUGAUUUACAGAUUCGUAGUGAAACAUGUAACCAACUGCACCACUCUUUGUGGUGUCAACUUUAUGAAAGAUACUAUGUUUAAAACUACAUUUGAUCUUUUGUUUAUUUCGAUAAAAAGUACGACAGAGGUGUCCCAUAUCAGCUUAAGAUAAAAACAUUCCAUAGACACCCCUGGAAAAUCUUGUGGUAACAUUCAUCAUCGGCGAUCUUAUGUCAAAUUUUUUUAAAUUUUCUUUUUGAUAAUUUAAAGCUCUUGAGUUAAAGAGCACAGUGAAUGGAACUUUUCGUCAUCCGUUUUUUUUUUCUGGUAUUAUUUUAACUAGAUGUUUAAACUAAUUGAACAACGUUAGUCGUCCGAGUUUAAAUUUCUAUAAACAUGUCGUCCUAAAAAUAACAACAAAGGCCUUUCGAAUUCUAACCUAUGCAUCAAACUUUCUUACCGAGAAAGCCAUUGAAUUUGAUUUCAAUUAAAGAAUUUUUACAAGAGCGAGAAAGAGAGAGAGAGAGAGAGAGAGAGAGAGAGAGAGAGAGAGAGAGAGAGAGAGAGAGAGAUUUAUUCGUUCAGUUUUUAAUGUUUAGAAGGGUCAAUAUGGAUGAAAGUCUAAUAUUGAGUUAAAAGCUAGUUACAGAUGUUGGAAUUUUUUGUUUCAUAAGCAAAGUUUAACUCAUGUUAUUGUUUAUGUGUUGUAUAAUUAUAAGUUUUAUUCUGAUGUUGCUUUUUGUUGUUGCUAAAUUAUUUAUUAACAUAUUGAAUCAGUUUAAAUUGUUUGCCAUAAGUUAUUGUGUGAAGGAAAUAAUAAUUUCUUUAAUUUACAACAUCAUUUUUGAACAAAUAUAAGACAUUUUUCUAGCUUGCAACUUGACUUCGAGCAUACAUAUUUUAAUGAUUUAUUCAAAAUACAAAAGUAAGCCUUUUUUUACAUAAAAAAAAAUAAAAAUAAGAUUUCCAUCGUGUCUAAAACCUUUUAAGGGAGGACAAUUAGGGCAUCAAUAUAAAAAUAAAUGCAUGUAAGAUAUUAUACAAGGUUUGCAUUAUUUGCAUACAUUUCAAUUUUGCAAUUGACUAUUCUCUGUACAAUAUUAUGAUAACCUGAAAUGUUGGUAACUUUUAUUUAAAAUGAAAAUAAAUUUUUGGGAGGCAAUAUGUUUUUGUGAUGCUUUAUUAACAUGUUAUUGCAAAUAACUUAAUUCAUUGACUACAUCCCGUAUCCCUAUUAGUUGUUUUCUAUUUUAUAUUACACCAUUAUGAGUAUGCCUGAACAGGUAUUGUUUUGUGUGUUUUACUGUUUAACUAUUUAUAUGUACUUUGUAUGGUUAUUUAUCACUUUUGUUUAAGGUAGCUGGAUGGUCAACAAUUUAACAAUUUAA